AUGGCUAAUUGCUAUUGGCAUAAAAAACUAGAUGAACCUUCUUCAGAGCUAUGCACAUUUAACACUCCUUAUGGCCGAUACAAAUUCAACCUCAUGCCAUUUGCCAUAUCAUGCGCAUCGGAUGCUGCACAAGAGAUGAUUGAACUUAAUUUUGGUGAUAUUCCUAAUGUUCUGGCUAUCCACGAUGACUUGAUUAUUGCAGCUAAAACAGAUACAGAGCAUGAUAAAAUUUUCCAACAAAUUCUACAACGAGCUCGUGAAAGAAACAUCAAAUUCAGCCUAAAAAAAAAUACAAUUUCGAAAAACAGUGUCAUUCCUGACAAAACGGCAUUUUCUGUAAUCAAAUUUAUGAAAACCAUAUUUACUCGUCACGGAAUACCUUCAAGUCUCAUUGCCAAUAACAACCCCUACAACAAUGCAGAAUUUCUUAACUUCUCAAAAGAAUAUGGGUUUAACUUCACUCCAUCAAGUCCAAACUAUCCCCAAUCAAAUGGUCUCAGUGAAAUGGGCGUAAAAAUUAUGAAGAAAAUACUAAAAAAAAUGCGACAACCCUGA